GCGCAGUCGCAGCCCAGUCGCAGCGCAGUCGCAAGCUCCAGCCGGGACACUAACAAGCUUAAUUGAAUCAGAAGCGCUGGGGUGUGGAGAUUCCUGAAGUGGAUUAUCAGCAUAUCAAGGGAAAGCAGAAGUGGGUUUCCUUCAGAUCUGUGCAGCUGGGCCGGCCGAGGACGCACGGAGCUGAAAAACUGAGCUGCGGGAAGAUUUGCACGACGGUGAGACAGAAACUGCUCAGCGAUGUCGAGGUUUCUGUGCCCUCUGAUGGUCCUGUGUCUGCUGCCCGCUGCAGCUCCCCUCUUCUGCUACACCUGUGUGUUUCCCACCAUCUCGCCUCUGGACUGCAUCAAGUUCCCCAUCAAGUGUCCGCCGGGCCAGCUCUGCCUGUCCAGCAGGGCCGUGGGCCAGAGAGGAGACUUCCGUGUGGUGCUAUACGAGAAGAGCUGCGUCCUGCCCCUCCUGUGUGGAAUCACGGGGCAAAAAUACACCAUGGGACUCAACUUCACCUUCACCAACGACUGCUGCAACACCCAUCUGUGCAACGGCGCUGCAACGCUCGCUUCCCCCUGGACGGCCACGCUAAUCACGCUGCUCAUGCUGCUGGCUGUGCACGUGGCCUGGUGAAGAGAGAAACACUUAAAAAUAGUGGCACGCAUUCGCUGAAGUUACGUCAUCUGUCCGCUAACAGACUAAAACCGUUUUAGACUUCUCUUUGGUAACACUGCAUUAAUCUGAACGCAAACCAUGAGACUUGUAGCCAGUCAGCGAGUCAUGUGUCACUGACCUCCAGGCUAAAAUGUCCAGUUUCAUAGCAGAAAUAAGCAUAUUUACUUUUUUUCCCCUUAUUUUUUUGAGUAACAGGCAAGAAAUAAAAGUGUGACUAAGAUAAUUUUAUCCAAACAUAUUAUUACUGCUGCAAAGUUGGACAUCUUAAUUAAAUAAGAGGCACUUUUAGUGAUUAUAAUAAUAAUAAUAAUAAUAAUAAUAAUAAUAAUAAUAAUUUAUUUAUUUUUUUUACAUGGAAACACACUGAAAUGUGUCCUCAGCUUUGAACCCAUCACUAUUUAGACUAGUAGCAGUGGGCUGCCAUUAUUUUGGCGGUUAGGGUUAAACUCAGGAGCCCAAAGUGGUUUGUUUUGGUUGCGAUCCUGGGGGCUUGAACCUCCAGACCCAAGCCCACCUCUGUAACUACUAGACUUGCACUCCUUAUAAGAGCAACGGCACAUUCUGUCAAACAUUGGUCACAGUUUAGCAAACCGACCUCUGUAACCGCCGGGCUUGUUCCUACCACACACUUUGCCUUUUUUUUUAAUUAAAAUUAAAUUUGGGGUCAGGUAAAGAAGCUACUACGAAACUGUUGCUACAUGAACUCAAAUGUUACUUUUCUGUUAAUGGAAGUGGUGGAUAAGUCUGGCGUGACACGUAUGUUAAAGGGAGGCGUUCGUUUUGGAGCUUAACUAGAAAUACUCUCUAAUUAAAGAUGAGAAGAAAUAAACUAAAUGUGACUAAAGGCUUAUGAUGAAGACCUGUUGGAGACGUGGAUGAAUAUUCGGAAACCCUCGCAUGCUGUUUAAUAGUAAUCUGUGUGAUAGGUCUUUUUGAAAAUAAUUGUUUGGAUCUAAUAUUUGAUUUGAUUAUCAAAAUUUGUGUCUUUUUUGCUUUUAUUUUUAUGUCAAAGUCAGCUAAUGAAAUUAAUCAAUAACAUUCUUUAGAUAAUCCAAUAAAUCAUAAUACAUUUCUUAAAAACCGUGUAGCACAUAUUUGUUUCUAAUAAAAUGGGCAGUGGUA